AUGCCCCCGCCGAAGACAUGGGACAAGCGGUUCCACCGCCACAGCGAGGGCCGUGGGCGGGAGGUGCGAUUGCUCCACCGCGUGCCGGGGAAGACGAGCUUGUGGACGUGCGUCCUGCCUGGAGGCCGGGUCACGACGAUUCGCCUGAACGCUGGGAGGGCCACGAUCACGCCCACCAAGCCCGCCAAGUCGGGCGUCUGGUGGGAACCUAUGCCCGCGCUCACCGCCGCCCAGAAGCGCGCCGCCGAGGACACGAGCCGCGACAUGAUCGCCAACGCGGCUGCGAUGCCCGACACCGCCGAGCUGGACAGGUACCGGAAGCAGCAGGGGGUGGCGGCGCGGCUCCAGCGGGUCGUGCAGACGAUCGCCCUGCUGCCCGCGGGUAUCGUCGCCUUGGGGCACUGGUCGGUGGGCUCCUGGUGGCGUUCGGCGGGCAUUCUCAUCACCAUCUACUUCAUAUACUACGUGAUGGAGCGCUCGGGCCUGAUUGCCUGGUGUCGCGCGCUCAUGCAGGCUGGCAGCACGACGGCCUGGGUGUUCAGUUCCAUGAUGGAUAUGUACCAACAGUUGCACGAGGCCGUGCAAGGGUGGAUCGACGACUUCAACGAAUACAGCGGCUACCAGAUCACGAUGUGGGAGUUCAAGAUGGCCGUCAUCUCGUUCAUGACCAUCGCGGCCCUCGUCUCGUACUUCUGGGAGGAGGUAAGGGACGCGCUGACGGAGGAGCUGGCCUCAGACGCGGAGUCGGAGCCGCCGUCGCCGACCACCAGCGGCCGCGUCACCUUCGAGGACUUCCAGGACGAGGACUCGGAGGCCCCGUGGAAGCAGGAGGUCGCCAGCGCGUUGAAGAUGCUGGCAGAGGGUCAGUCGAGGCUCCAGGAGACCGUCGAAGCUGUAGAGGGACGUGCUCGUCAGGACCGUCUUCUCCGAUCGGUGCAGGGCGUCGACGCCGAGAGCGGAUCGGGGCCGAAGUCGGUGGAGGAUCUCAGGCGGCGGAUCGACUACUUCGAGCAGCUGGUGCGGGACGGCAAGGUGACGGUGCCGUCGGACUCCUCGCCUGCAGCCACGGGUGCUUCCUGGGAGGUCCUCACGCCGACGUCGUCGGGGCGGGAGCUCGCGCUUACGGACGCUCGGGGCCCCUCCACUCCGCCCAGGUCGACGUGGGCCUCCCCUGCGUCUGCGGCCAGCCCUGGUCGCCAGGCGCCCGCGGCCAACCCGCCGCCCGUGCCGCAGCCGCCAAUCGGGGUGGCCGCGACCUCUCCGGGGCGCGUCGCCAACAUGAUCUCCCACCUCGAGCGCAUGAAUAUCAACCCGCAGCAGGCCUGGAUGGAGGCGCUGAAGGAGUAUCGCGAGAUCGAGCCGAGCCAGUGGCACAUGCCCGACGGCUACCGCCAGCGAGUCGUGCCCGAGUACCUGACCAAGGUGUACAGCGCGCCGCGGACGGGCAAGGAGUACGCUCAGCAGUUCCUCCGCGACCGCCAGCUGGAGACGUGCGGCGCCGCCAAGGGCAUGGUCGACGCGCUGGCCUGCAUCGACAGGCUGCUGCUGGAGGACCGCACCCCCGACCUGGUGAACCUCGUCAGCCUGGAGUACCUGGCGAGGAAGGCCUACGCGAUCGAGACGGGCUUCGAGCUGGUGCGCUGCGAGAGCGACUGGAAGAGGCCGUCGGGCAAGAAGGAGUGGACGUCGAAGGUGGACUGGGACAUGAUCCACCGCAUCGACCCAGCCAGCGUGUCCGACGCGGCCCGCGGGGAGUACAUGAGGGAGGUACGCGAGGAGCUGAAGACCGGGAUGGCCAGAGACGCCGACUUCAUGAAGCUGAAGCUGAAGGUCGGGGAGAGAUCGUGGGCGACCGAGUUUUUGCCGAGCCCGGCGUCGUGCCUCGUGGGUGGUCGUCGGAGCGAGUUUCCAACGUGGAGCGCAUUGAUCCUGAAGCACGCCCUUACCACCGUGAUGACCGAGCAGACAGAGGUCGGCGACCCGCUCAGGGCCCUGAAGCUGAUCGAGUAUCCUGCGACCGACUCGGGGGCGCGGAAUCGGAGCCGAGAUCGGGCGCGCCUGCGGGAGAUCGACCGGGCCAACCACUGCUUGGUGGCGCUCCGCUGCCUGGCCUCGGGGUUCGUCUCGAGCGAGGUCCUGGAGACGCGGCCUUCGGUCCCGAGGGGUUUGUCCCCCCAUCGUCUCAACGAGAAGUCGCUGGCGGCCGGGCUGGCUCAGAGGAUUCUGCGUGCUGUCCGACGGCGACUGCCUGCUGCAGACCGUCCGGUGGGGCGAGUCGCAUUCGAGCGGCUCACGGGAGGCGCCGCCAGCGGAAGCGGCCCCUACCCUGUGGGGUCGACCCCCACCACCCCGCCAACACUUGCAAAGAGAGGAGACAUCUGCCCCGCGGUCGUGGACGAGAUAUCGCUGCCGCCGGUGGGGACGACGGGCCUGAGGAUCGAGGAUGUCUCGCCGCGGGCCGCCGCCCUGCUGUCGGACUACCGGGGCACGAUGCUGAGGGGCGAGAUGGCGGAGGGGGCGUCGGGCAUCAAGCCGUACACCGACCCCCUCCUGAGAGUCAAGAAGAACAUGGUCAGGCUGGUCGCUCGCAUGGCUGCGGGCGGCAUGAUGGACACGUCGGAUGUUUGCAAGGGGGAGGUGGCGCUCUUCACGGUCGUCAAGAAGUGGGUCUUGGCGGAGGGCGCCCAGCCCAAGCGCAGCUCCCGACUGGUGUUCGACGAGCGCCUCGAGAACCUGAAGUGGCGGCGGCCGCCCUGGUGCUCCCUCGGAGCCGGAACGGCACUCGGCUUCGUCGACGCGAGCAAGGAGAUCGCCGAGGGCUACCAGGUGCUGGCCGCGGUCGGCGACAUCCCCGACUACUACUACAGGCUGCUGCUUCCGCUGGAGGUCGCGGAGCACUUCGUGGUGCCGGGCGUAUCCCCGGCGGAGGUGGCGGAGGAGAUGAGGGCGCGGGGGUUGCAGGUCCCAUUCGACGAGACCAAGGCCUACAUGGUCGUGCGGGCCCUGGUCAUGGGCUUCUGCUGGGCGGUCUACUUGGCGCAGAUCUGCCUGGAGGAUUGCCUGCAGGGGGCCGGAGGAUGGCUGCACGAGCGAAAUCGGCUGGCGUACGGCCUGCCCGUCCCGAGGAUCCGCCCGAGCGAGCCCGUCCACUGGCAGUACAUCGACGACUACGGCCUACUGGCGCUCGACGCUCCGGAGGCGACGGCGGAGGCCUUCGGUGCCGACGGGCUCGUCGGCCUCGCCAAGGCCAGGGGCGACGUGACGUCGCAGCUGAAGGAGCGGGGCUUGCCUGUUCACAAGGAGGAGUUCGGGAAGCAGGUCAAGACGCUGGGCUGGCUUCUGUCCGGCACCGAGGACGGGGACAUGUUCGUGGAGCCCGACCCCGAGAAGAUGGACAUGCUGGUAGAAGCCACGGUGGAGGCCUGCCGCCGAAGGACGAUCAAGGUGCGGGACCUGAUGACCUUGGUCUCGACCUGGACGUGGUUCGCGCUCGUCCAGCGGCCCACCCUCUCCAUCUUCGACGCGGUCUACAAGGCCAUACAGAAGUUCAAGGACGGCGAGGACGUGACGAUGUGGCCCGGGCUGAAAGGCGAACUGAUGACCAUGGUCGCUAUCAGGCCCCUGCUUUUCGCCCGACUGGGGCGGCCCUGGCUGGAGCAGGCGGGCAUGACGGACGCGAGCUUCUUCGGGGCGGGCGUCCUGGUCACCCCCUCCGGGAUCGACGAGCUGAGGAGGGAGGCCCGACUCGCAGCGCCGAAGGGCUGGUUCGCCGAGCAGGCGGAUCUCCUAGGCGAAGACAGCAGCGACGACGAGGAGGACCCGGCGGACAUCGACAACGGGCGCGACGCGUCCGACGAGCCCGAGGCAAGGAGGUCUAUGAGGCCCAUGGUCCCGGGCACCGAGGUGAACCGCACGGCCCACCUGUUCGCGGGGCACCGCCGACCCCUCGACUUCGAGGACCACCUGACCAGGAUGGCGCAGGAGCGGGACCGAUGGCUAGUCGUGGAGUCGAUCGACAAGGUGCUCCACAGCGACCACGACCUGCUCGACCGCAAGAAGGUGCAGGCCCUGUGUCGCCGCGCGCUGGAGGGCCAGUUCCAGACAGUGAUGGUGGGCUGGGAGCUGUUCGUCGCGACGAUCGAGUUCCUGGGCUGCGUAGUCAUCGGCGGGGGCCUCUACUCCCUGGAGCACCCCGAGGACCCUGGGCAGGAGCCGUACCCGAGCAUCUGGAUCCUUACGGUCACCAUGGCUCUGGAGAACAUGGCCUUCGCCCGCGGCUCCAACGGCUUCGAGGCUGCCAAGAGGGACUUCUGGGAGAAGAUCAGGGAGGCCAGGGACCCCAACGUCAGCGACCGCGAGCUGCUGGGCGUGCCGGGCGAGGCUCAGCGGGCCUCGAGGGCGUCCUUCGACCAGUGUCGGGAGGGUCUGGCAUCACGGAAGCCAACUACAGUGUCCAGCAGCAUCCUGACGUUGGUCCGGGCGCUCGACGGCCGCAGGUGCGACCACGGCUGGCACCCGCCGCUGCAGGGGAAGCUUCCAGACGGCAGAUUCCGGACCUCGCUCGCCCAGAACUACCCGAGCCAGCUGUCGGAGAAGCUGGCCUUUCACCAUCUCGAGGCGCUCGACCUGGUCGUGCCCGGGUCACGGAAGCCGAUGCAGUCCCUGAGCGACGAGGUGGCGGUCCGCCUGGCCGCCUUCGCUACGGCGGGGGACGACCUCGCCGCGCAGAUUCGAGCGCCAGAGGUCGGGCCCAGCUGGGACCCGCUGGAGCGCUGGAGCGAGCUCCUGAGGGUCAGGUGGACGCGUUCGGAGCACCAGAAUGUCCUCGAGCUGCGUGCUCUCAUGCUCUACGUCCAGACCACCCUGAAGAAGAGAUCGGCCUGGGACAGGCGCCUGCUCGUAAUCACGGACUCGAUGGUGGCGAUCGGCGCGGUCUCAAAGGGCAGGAGCAGGUCCAAGUCUUUGAACACUCUCCUCCGCCGCCUCGCCGCCUACGCCCUCGGCUGCGGGUCAACGAUCUACCCGAGGUGGGUGUCGAGCGGGCGGAACCACGCGGACGGGCCGAGCAGAGGCUACAGCAAGGGCCAGGCGCCGAAGGAGAUCACAGAGCGCCUACGGCCACCUGUUCGUCAUGGCGUGUUCGUGGACGGAGUGCGGGUGACGGCGCCUGUGAUUGGGCGGGCCUCGCCAGCUGCGGCGCUCCCGAAGAUACAGCGCCGUGGCCUGCGCGCCUGGCAGACCUCGGGCACCGACUUCUUCGAGGGCCACAAGAGCGACCUGCUGAGCGGCGGCUGCCCCCCGAGGCUGCUGGUGCACGCGCAGAUGGACGCGACGGCGCUCCAGUACAUGAGGGCCUGCAGGAAGUUCUGCGACUGGGCAGAGGAGCAGGAGGUCGAGAUCUACCCGAGCUGCCGCCUGGAUAAGGCGAUCAGUGUCUACCUGGACGUCUUGUGCUUCGACGACGAGAUCGGCGUCGGUGAGGGCAAGAGCUUGACCUCGGGCAUGCUGGCCAUGUACCCAGGGCUUCGCCUUCCGGAGGCCUACCGCGCCCUGAAGGCCUGGGAGGGUCUCCGCCCCACGGUGCAAGGCUCGCCCAUCGGCGUCCCGCUGCUGAUGGAGAUCGUGGACCGGAUGUCUCACUACGGCGAGGACGGCCGCACAGCAGCGGACGCUGCUCUGCUCGCCUUCGACUGCUACCUCAGGGAGCAGGACUGGGAGCUGAUGAGGGUUUCGGACGUCGUCUCGGCCGACGGCGUGACCGCGAUCCGGCUGGGCGUCCAGGAGCGCGGCGAGCGGGUCAAGACGGGGCAAGAGCAGGGCGUUUUGAUUGACUACCCCGGGACCCAGAGGAUGCUUCUCGACCGCAUCCAGGGCAAGAAAAAGGACGAUCGCAUUUUCCCCAUCAGCCAGAACCUGAAGGAGCUAGGUAGCCAGAAGUACCAUGACCUCGGUGAGCGGCCCAAGAGCCGGCUGCGGCGGCGUCGCCGGGCCUGCCGGGGGCGGGCGCGCGGCGCGCCCUGCAUCGACGUGCUGGGCUCCGAGGAGCGGCAUACGUCACAGACGCCCUCGGGCAAGUGGUUCUGCCCGCCCUGCGUGGCGGCCGCGGCGCUGGACAGCUGCGACGCCGCUCCAGCGCCGCAGGGCUCGCCCUCGCCGCCGCGGGCCGCAGCGCCUGCCGGUGUGGAGCUGCAGGCCGUGCUGCCACCAGUCGUGCCACCAACGGCCGCUGCACUGCAGAUCGCGUCGCCGCUGGCCACCUCGCCGCCGGUCGUGCCGCCACCGGCUCUACUGUUGGCGGCCGCUCCACCACCUCUGCCCGCGGCAGCCGUGGCAAAGCCAGAGGUAGCCCCGGCGGCCCCGGCGCCGGAUCGCUUGGCCUCGCCGACCUCUUCGCGCGAGGGGCGCGCGUGCGUGGCGGCCGCCAGGGACCGGGCUGGCAGCUUGCGCGGCAGAGCCCGCGGGGCCUCGGCGCAGAAGGAGGCGCAGCCCCCCGCGCCGAGGCCGCGGGCCCGCACCGCGGCCCAGAAGGCCCUGGCGGUCGGCAGCGCCAGCCCCGUGUGCCCUCUGCGCCGCUCCAGGCCACUCGCCCUGGUCGGGGUCUGGCGCGGCCCAGCGAGCAGGGCGCACGCGGGCGUCAGGCUGCAGUUCGUCGACGACGACCCUGUCGACCCGGUCUGGCCAGGCCCCAGCUCCGCGGCCGCGACGGGCAGCUCGGCGGCCGCGCCUGCGGCGGCCGACAGCGCGGCCGCCCUCGGCGAGCCCGAGGCUCGGAUGCGCCUCCUGCCGUUGACGACGGCACCGGAGGAAGUUGCCGUUGACGAUGACUCGCUGGUGUCGGUGUCCAGCGCUGCCAGCGGCGGCGCGCAGCGGCUGGAGAGCGUCUCCUCCGAGCGGCUGGGCGCGGAGCCGGCCGCGGGGGCCCUGGGCGGUAGAGCGGAGGCGGAGUCGUGGCGGUGCAGAUCUUGCGGGGCCGUCGCCGAGAGAUGGCGCGGCUUGUGCACGCGGUGUGGGGCGUCCCGGUCACUCGCGGCCGCGGAGGACUGCCAGGCAGUCCGGAGCACCGCGCGAGGCGAGGGCGCCAGCGCCGUGGGGGCGCCACGUGUCGGCGCCGCCCCGCGCAGGCUGGUCGUGGAGGUGAAGCGCCUGAAGAUCCGCUGCGGCCACUCCGCACGAGGCCUCGAAGGGGCCUGA